UUAGGAAUAUAGAGUGCGCUGCUGUAGCUCGGGUAUUAGUUCCCUUCAGUCACUGACUGUCACAGUAUCAGUAUAUAGACGUCACGCUACUGAUGACAUUCAUGUCGGACUCAACACGAAACUGAGCUGAACUGUGCCUAGGACGCUAAGACGCUGACCUGAGCUGAUUUGGAGUUCGACGCACCAAGCGGGUGCCUCAGGUACGAUCAGGCCAUACAAUACAACGCGGAUCGCUCACUCUCGAAUCGUGGACCUACGAAAUAGUCUACCUGUGUUCCCAUAUGUACAGCAGUACGCUACGACAAGACUGAGGCAAGUUCAGUGUAACCACGCGAAUAGAUAGCACCGCUUUGAUAUAGCCAGGUCAUCCCUACUUCAGCUACCUGAGACGACGGCGGCGAGACAGUGGGAUAGAAUUAACGUAUGGAUAUUUACCACGAUAUUAUAGCGUUAGUACGUGCCGACCGCCUCUCGCAGCAGGGAACAACGUAACUCAAUGUGUAGCUACAGAAGCCUAAAAACACAACUGCCUGAAAUAACCAGACGGUCCGGAGCGAGUAUUCUCGAGUAGUCUUUUGGAAUUACCGGCGUGAUUUACUGGGGGCAGCGCUGUGCGGUGUAGUAGUGUUUGGAGGCUUCAGUUGCUGGGUUAUAUUAUGUUAUAUAUACCGGCCUGAGCAUUUCUCAUACCCUGACGAGAAUAUACCCUCUUGUAGUUAUCAAUUUUGUUGAUGGAUGUUUAUGAUUUACUGUAGCACGGCGUGGACUCUUGUUGGAAUCUAGAGCUGCCUCUUUGCUUCAGGUUGCUACUGAGACUGCGCCUGCAGCAGAUCUUGCUGGUGAACGAAAAAACAACUCUUGGACAUUACAGGAGUUUUGAGUAUAUUUGAAAGGAUUUUCGACUUGAAUUCUCAAGCAAGUGCUAGUGGUCAAUAUGGCUCCGACUGCAGAAAUUGAGACUGUUGUUAUUGUAAGGCCGCUCAAGGUUUUGGCUCUGAUUUUCGGCUGCCUGGCGUCCCUCCUCCUCUUGAUUGCAAUCAUCCCGACCCACUGGCUGCAGACGUCUAUCUACAGGGAGGGGCUGUUUGUCGCCUGCAAGAUGCCCCCAAACCACAGUCUGAUACACGACGACCAGGUGGAGACCUGCUUUGCCCUCUCCGGACAAGUAUGGACCCAGGCGGUGGCGGCCAUGUGUAUCAUCUCCCUGCUCAUCACAGCAGCCUCCACGGUGGUUACUGGGCUGGCACUCUGUAACAAGGAGCCGGACAGAAAGUACACUUUCUACAUGGUGGCCAUGGUCGGGUUUGGCUUGGCGGCAAUUUUCCUGGUAAUUGGACUCAUCGUCUACCCCAUCAUGUUUUGGCAGAACAUGGUGUUCAAGCUGGAAGAUGGCGGCAAGGAGUGGGAGUUCGCCUGGGCUUACGGACUGGCCUGGGCAUCUGUGCUAGUCAUCCUCACCGCCGCCAUCUUGCUCUUCGUCGAGCGGGACGCCGACGAGAUAGAUUAUCGAGAAAAGGUCCACCAUGAUUACUCCAAUGAUGGAAAAGAGACUGAGGCUUAAGGCUAUCUAUGGUUUGGAUGUCGUAUUAUCUCAUUUUACGGUGCGUCACACAUCGAACUGAAAACGUGAAAGGAGGGCAGGAAUCUGACUUUUAGAAUAUCAAGCUGAACGGCUUCAGCCAAUUUUUUUGCCUCGGUAUGAACUCAAAAAGAUUGUGUGAUUUGGUAUUUUUGUCGUCGGAUAAAUUGUGUAUAUAAUUCAAGACACACCGACUUUCAUACACUGCUUCAGAGGACGCCGCAGCCCUUGCCUCAACAUAGUCAUCAUCGAACCCUCACGAAUGCUGCCAAUUGAUCUUACGGCAAACUCAUUAAUGUGUGCUACCCCCUGAAACUUAUGUGGCGUCAGCGUAAUUAGUUUUAAGAAUCUCAAAAGAGAAGUACAUUUAUCGUUGUCGAUCGGAAAUGACAUAUCGAAAAAAAUACAUAUCCCUUGAAGGAAGGCGUUGCAAUUUCUUCAGACGCUCACCUCGGGUGUCAAGUGCCCUGCAGCUUCAGUUUGAUUGUCGUCCUGCAAAUUGAUGAUUGAGAUGACAAAAAAUCCGAAGAAAUAAUCCUCGUGUUAAUCUUUCUUUGCUCCGAGUUUGGUUACAAUGCAAAACACCAAGGAAGGAUUAAGGAAAUGGUUGAAUUAUCAAAAAUGAUCGCCAAGACACAAUUAUUAUUAAGUGAAUUUUUUUCUCGAUUUAGCCUUUUGGCAAAGCUAAAUAGUUUUGGUCAUUUCGUUCAUACACGAAACUGCUUGGAAUAAGAAUGGGAGCAUAUUUUUUAUAUCAUAGGUGCAUAACUUCACUUUCCUGCAUGUUCAAGCGAUGAAAGUGUGAUAUCUUAGAAGGUAUUUGUUUUCAACAGAAGUCUUGUUUCCACUGACGAUAGAUCGACUCAUCUCUGAGUAAGCUAUGGGUGUGAUCGCCAUAGGCAGCAACUGUAGUCCCCAUAUGCGUUCGCGAAAUGCCCACCUCUUGGUUUCAAGCUUUGGGGAACAUCUAGGGAUGCCAUUCACUACGUACCUGUGAAGAGCUUCCGUUAAUUAGGCGACCUAUGUAAAAGGGUCGUACCAAAAAAGGUCGGCCUAUCUUCAAUGUAAACGCGACCCCUAUGUCCCUUUUUCUUUGUGACCCUCUUGGUAUUAGUGUUGUAUUUUAUCACGAAGGUGUUUAUACAUACAUUUCGUUUCCUCUUUCAUUCGUUGUACUUAUAGACUGUCCCAGAUAAGUCAUUCAGGAGAUUUUUGGUCAUUUAUAUUUGGAAAUGUGGUAGAUACUAGGAGGAGUUUUCAAAGAUGUUUAAUUGCUAAUACCGACAGAUGUAUAUUCUUGAAACCCCUUUCCAUUUUUUUUCUGAGAAUUCCUUAUGAUGUGUGAUAUUAUUAUCAUUCUUAUGUUUAUCAUCAUUGUCUGUUGAUAUGGUGAUUGGUAUGUAUAUACAGUAAGUAUACAUAUAUGACAUCCUAUAUCUUAUACUACAUAUCUUAUCCCGCGACAUGCUCAGGCUUACUAAAAGGUGCUAAUUAAUGACGUCACCAUACCUAAAAAAUUCACUCAGAAUUCCAACUGACUUGACAUAAGAGUAGUGUGUGAGCUUUCUGCCGCCAAGAUGUACAUCUUCAUGACUGCCUACAUAUUAAUGCUGUAAUGACGUCAUAUUUUAUACGUAACGUAAUUUGUUCACUGAUUGUCUGUGCGAUGAAUACAAGGCAUUUAUUGAUACGUCUUGUGUGCUCAAAUACAUCAUGAGGUGCUAAUGACGUCACAACUCUGAAGGUCAAAUUUAGAAUACGACCUCUUUUAUUGAACAUAAAAGGUUACUUUUAGGGGAAUGAAUCUAGACGACGAAAUCACGGUGCACAGCGUCAACAGAAUUUUUAAACAAUACUGUUGUCUCUUGAUAGAUGACGUCAUUUUUCUACUCGUCAGUUGUGACAAUCGCACUUGGAUGCUGCGAAUAUUUCAACGUGAACGGAUUACAUGGUUGCCAAAUUAAAGCUUAAUGCGUACUCUGCGCAUCAUUUAGCAUCGUCUCUCGUUAAUGCCACACUAAGCAAUAUAGACUUGCACCCGCCUGAGUACUGAGAACUGGUUCUUGGAUUUCCAAUACAAAGACCGAGUCUUUCCGCCUCUCACACGCCUCCCCAUGUGGGGAGGCGUGUGAGAGGCGGAGAGACUAUUA